AUGGCGAGCCGCGGAGAGCUGCUGUACCCUGAGGACGAUCGGGUGUUUCUUGAACCCUAUCUUCCUGUGCUGAACCGUCAAUCAACAGAUUCAGGCAUACCCUUUGUCACACUUACCUUUGCAACAUCACUGGAUUCGGCAUUGUCUCUGGCUCCUGGUGUUCAGACAGCAUUAUCAGGACCGCAGUCAAAAGCCAUGACUCACUAUCUACGCUGCAGACAUGAUGCUAUCAUGGUUGGUGUAGGCACUGCUGUUGCAGACAACCCUAGCUUGAACUGCAGAAUCCAAGGUGUUGGUGGUUAUGGUGGUGAAGGCUUGAAUGGACAACCUCGGCCUGUUGUUGUCGACCCUCAAGGAAGAUGGCAGCUGACUUCAGAAACCAAGAUCUUGAAUCUUGCCAGACAAGGACGAGGUAAAGCGCCAUGGAUCGUGACGGCAAAGACACCAAGUGCAGAAAAUGCCAAGUUGUUGGAAGAAGUUGGAGGAUGUUACAUUGUUCUCGGGUCACAAGCACAAAUGUCUGAAGGCAAGACAUCGAUUGCUUGGCUGGAUAUACUGCGAACAAUCAAGGAAACAGGCAUUGAGAGUAUUAUGAUUGAGGGAGGUGGAGUCAUCAUCAACUCGCUGCUGUCGGUGGAGAAUGCAGACUUGAUCAACUCAGUGAUUGUGACCAUCGCACCUACCUGGCUUGGUCAAGGUGGCGUUGUCGUGUCUCCGCCCAGAUCAGAAGGCAGCAGUCUGCCAGUCGCUCGCUUGCAAAGAACAAAGUGGCAGCAACUUGGUGAUGAUGUGGUUCUUUGUGGAACUCUGAAGGCGUGA